AUGAGAUAUAUGCUUUGUCGUCUGCAGGACAAUCUUAUGCACGCCUCUGUGCCCAGGCAUCUGGUGUCUCGGUUCAAGAGACGUGUGGGCGAAGGCAAGCUUUAUGGCCUUCGGAAUGUUAAGGUUACGACCAACACCUAUCCGUACAGGCCUCUUGCAAGUGACAAGAAACUGCUUUUCUUGGCGACCACUGAGGUUGUCGAGCUGGGUGAUGAUGCGGUGCGCAUAGCAAUGCAUGGCUUUCAAUUUGUCGGCCUACCCGUACUCCAGUCACGCGCUGGUGACGUGACCAUACUCUCAGACAUUGUGGGCUGCUUCUGUGGGUACGGAGAGGUUGAAACUGUAGGGGAUGGGCUCAAGAGGAAAAGAGAUAUCAAAAUCUUCACAGAUUACUCUGUCACCAGCACUAUCACUCUGUUGGGGAAGUUAGGAGAGCUUUUUGAUCCAACACUGUACACACAGGAUGGCGGACCGUAUGUUAUGGUGGUGACCUCCGUUACAGUGAAGACCUAUCAACGUGCCUUAACCUUUGCCACAACUAGCGGCAGCAGAAUUUAUGUCAAUCCAGAUGAACAACAUGUCUCUUCUGUGAGGGAGAGGUUCUCUGCUCUGUCCACCAAGGUAGUUGCUCUUGAGGGUACUUCUGCCUCAAAAUUGCCGCCGGAAGAGGCCAUGUUUGUGAACCGGAUGACUGUUGAUGACCUGGUGGGAGCUACAUGCUCUGGCGAAUUGAAGGCUGCAAUAGCCACCUUGAAGGUCAUCAUAACUGCUGUGAACACCCGUUUUGGAUGGUAUUAUGUGUCAUGCAAGUCCUGCGUGAAGAAAGCUACGCCUGUUGAUGGAGUAUAUGUUUGUGCUGAGGGCAAGAAACCCGUCGAUUACCCUCUUCACAUGUUUCGCAUUAAUCUGCAAGUCGAGGAUGACACUGGGACUACAACAGUGGUUUUGUUCAACAAUACUGCAGAACGCUUGCUGGAUACCUCGGUCAAGAAGCUGAUUAACAAGAUGUCGCCAGGCGACAACUCUCCUCCUGCAGAACUACAGACCCUUUUAGGCAAGCAAUUUGUCUUCAAAUUGGCACUUAAUAAGUACAAUUGGGUUGAUGGCCGCCAGGACUAUGGAGUUGCUGCGGUGUAUGUACCUGUGCCGGAUCUUGAAGCUGCUUAUACAAAGAAAAAAAUGCCACAGGAUGCCCCCGAUCAGGCGGGGUCUUCAGGAUCUGCUGGCGAAGUGGACGCAGAGGCUAACAGCCGCAAGAGAAAGCUGCCACCUGUUCUCCCUGCUGUUGCUGAGAGCGAGGAGACAGCCACUUGA